AUGAUCCACUUCCCUCCUACGAAACCUGUCAUUACAAACACAAGGCUCAAACAAUACGCACCAUUUGUUCACCGUCUCAGCCUUUCUGGUCCUUUUCGCCCAGAAUACUACACCAUCAAGUUCCUCCGAAUUCGCACCUUCGACUUCAACUACAAAUGCAACUACCAGGCGCCCUGUAACAAGUACGAAAUUGACCGCGACCUUGACGCCGCAAUGAUAGCAGAGGAUAACGCCAACAAGGCAAACUUUAUUCGACUCAACCCUACGAUCAAGGAUCUUCAGGUCGACAUUGGUCCACCCCAACUCCCUGCCGACUUUUGGGACGCUAUCUCGACAACACUCGACAACCCGACCGAACAGUCAUGGCGACAAACUGGACGUAUUCUGGAAGGCGUGCGGCCUGUUUGA